AUGUCAGGUAAAUGUUAAAUCAAAGCAAAUCUGGUAUUAAUGACACUGUCAGACGUUUUUCAAAGACGAUGAACAUUUUUCACAACUGAAAGCCUGUUGUGAAGACAUUACUUGGACUUAGAAUGUAUCUGUACUGUACCAAUUCUGAAUGUACUGGGUAGAAUUCUGUAUUGUAAAAUGCUCUUUCUGUUUUACAGGGCAGAGUCUGGGCUAUGGGUUCGUCAACUACAUAGACCCAAAGGAUGCAGAGAAAGCCAUUAACACAUUAAACGGACUCAGACUUCAAACCAAAACUAUCAAGGUAAGUCAGAUUGGUAAACACUGUUCUGUACCCUGAAUAUCAAUUCACCCAGCUGCCAUGUGAUUAGGGCCGCACUGCUUCAGUGCCCAUGUAGGUUUUUGGAAUUUUGGGCAGUGACUGAGGCUUCUGAUAGAGAGGAGAUUCAUACUCAUUUACAUACAUACAGAGAGCGAGAGAGUGAAAAUCAAAGAGUGGCUGAAUCAAAGAGCAUUAAAAGCCGUGAGGUAUAACUGAUAUGCUAAUUAAUUUCUAAAUGUCAAAAUGUAAAGGUGAAACUAGAAAGAUUUUCAGACAGAGUAGGGAAAAAUCAUUUAUUACAUGCUGGCCAAAGUUAAAUAGAGGACUCAAAUUAAUAUUACAUUUUAUUAAAGGUUGGGAAGUCAAAUAAAGAUGAAGGGUAAAUGGAGAAAGUAUAAUUUCAUAAGUAGUAUAGUUUUAUUAGUAUACUCAAUAUCCAUUUUAUAUAGUUGUUUGUCUUUCCUUGUUGAGCAGGAUUACGAUCGCUAUCCCCUCAUAUGGCUCCGUUAUGUUGUUCGCUUUAAGCCAUACUGUAAUCUGCUCUGCUACCAUAAUCCAAGCCCUCUCAGUAACAUAUUUCUAAAUCUAAUCAGAUCAGAUUACCCUGCCAAGCUGAAUGGGAAAAGCCCAUACACAAUCCCCAAUCCCCAAUCCCUCGACAGCCCUGAACAUGACAGGUCAACAUUGUAAAGGGAAACAGCCACAUAAGAUCAACACAGCCCGGCCUGUUUUCAAUCCAGCACAGUGCUUUGAAGUGGGCUCUUGAGAGGCGAAGGCAUGGGGAGACAGCCAGAGCUCUCUGUGUAUGUGUGUGACAGUCAGCAUGACCCACAGUUACUCUAGCACAGGUCUCACCCACUGAGCGUAGCUGACAGGCGUUAGGAUGAGUCACUGGGUCCGUGUGUGUAGAUUCCCGCUGCCACUCUCCCUCACUAAUGAACUCUGCUGAGAUGGAGCACCAGAGGGCCAAGCUAGCACCCAGGCCCCCAACCCACGCUACUAUAGCAGUGACGCUCCCCAGUCCUUACGCAUCAGGCUUGUCUUUAGGAAGCAGCCCACUUAGGAAUCACCAGCGUGCCAUGGCCUGUCCCCUUGGGCUAGAGAGAAGAGCCUACUGCUGUUUUUCUUGAUGACGCUGUCAAAACCCAUAGCAUAUUCAGAGCUACACGCACACUCCUCUCUUCCCCAGCUCUUGCACAGCCUCUUCCUCCCACAGCUUGUGUGUAAUAAAACGGGAGUGAUCUUCCGUGUCUAUCAUCCUGGAGCACACAGUCCAAAGAGCAAACACACCAGUGAGCGAUGUCCUCUCCCCCACACAGGCACAGUCCUACUCCCCCCCUCUCUCUCACAAAUACGCACACAGCGUUCCACAUCGUUCAGCUUCCUCUGUCUGUCCAUCUUAUCCAGUCAGACGGAGCAGCAUCUUAGACUUCACCCUGGCUCUCAGUGAUAGCAGCAGAGUCCCUCUCUGCUAGAGAGGUUUAGGCCAGCCCUUCUGUCUGUCUCUCCCUUUUGAUUUGAGUUUUGCUCUUUUUAUUCUUGCCACUGUGCCAAACCCAUUAUUUAGACUGUGCUACCCAUAUCAAAAAGACAUUUUCUGAGUAGCACUGAAGAAAAUGCCCCUUUUACAACUUCUAAUAAGUGUGUUCAUUAUCUACUUAAAAUAUCCAUGCAGUGCCACAGGCCUUUAUUUCUGCACCAGAGGUUAUCUUAAGCAGCCAUGGAAAUGAAGACAGACUUCCUAAUAGCAGCAGACAGCUCUGUCUUGCAGCCCAGUGUGAGGCUCUCUGGUAGGAGAGAAGAGAGAGCUGCUUGUGGUGUCAAUGAACUACGGUUCAUACGUCGAUGUGCAGAGAAAACAUUUAGAGUCCUCUUUUCGGAAGACACUUGAAAUGAAGAGCUUAGUGUCUUUGAUAUGACUUUCCAGUUUCACACCAAGCCUCAACUGAUGAAACGUGUGUUUUUGAUGCAGUACAAUACUGUAGUUAAUAUGUAGGCUCUCAUGGUAGUGUACAGUAAGACUUUGGGAAUAUCCAUCCGUAUGUGUGUACACAUAAUACUCAGAGACACAUCACUCCCUAUUCCCGACACACUUUUCCCGAAUAACACUAGUACCCUCAGUGCUCCCUCACUGUAGGGGGAAAACAAAGUUCACCACAGAGUUUCACACACACAGGUGGUGUCUUUCUGGGGUCUUUUUCUGUCUUAAAGCGUGUGGUUUCCUCCUCCAUGACACCUCAGAGUUUCUCAGCACAACUCUGGUGCUGCUACCAUGUGGAGGUGUAAGAGGAAGGAGCCCGCUGGAGGUGAGAAGAGCAGAGCUACACAGUCUCUCUUCACACACACAAGUACUUCUUACAGCUAGUGGAGGUGUUGAUGGAUAAGACAUCUGGGGCGGGCUGACAGGGAAAGAAGGAGAGAAAGUGAUAGAACCAAGGGGGAAAGAAGGAAAUACUUUUUGAAAGAAAAGAAGGGCAAAAUUGAAGCUAACUGCCAGUGAUUUUGCGUUCAGAGUUAAACUGGAUUUUUUGUGAUUAUGCCGAGAUGUUUUUAUUUGUACAAGAUGGCUUAUGUCUUUAAAUAUCAAACCUAAUGAAUACCCUGGAUGGAAAAGCUUCCCCAGUCAGCAAUGGUAACAGGAUUAAACUCACAUUUUGAAAUAGUAAAACCAGAUCACAAUCUAGAAAUUAGAACAGCAUUCAACAAAGGACAGGGACUGUUUCAGGAGAGAGCUAACAUGGCACAACUGCAAUGUCAAGAUCUAAUUUGCCCUGUUAAAGAUCAUGAAGAACACCCUGUCAAUGACAAACAGAGCAGCCUUCAAAUAGUAGCUUCCAAUGUAGUGUAAUACCACAGCUUAUAUGGCCUUUUAAAAUGAGAGUUAAGGAAAUGGUUGCAUUUAAAUGAGACUGAGGGAGGCGAGUGUGUGCUGUGACAGAAUGAGAACUGUGACCCAGGCUAACAGGAGAGAUGACAGCCAAGCAUCCACAGUCUGUGUGAUAGUGGGAGUGUGAGGGACUCUGAGUGUGUGAGAGAGAGGCGCUGUCCAAGGUGCUGGUGAGUGUGGCACACUGAAGAGAGGGUGUUAGAGCUGUGGAGGGGUCUGUGAGAGAAGGCACCCACCUCGCUCAGGUUGCAUAGUUAUAGUCAGUACAAUACAUCCCCAUACAACCCCCCCCACACCAAAAUAGCAUUGCCAAACUCUCUCGCUCUCUCGCUCUCACACCCUCAUCCACAGGCUGUAAAUACACCUUCUCUCCCUUUCUCUCACAUCUACUGUAUGUGUGAGUGCAUUUGUUUUUAUGUAAGCAUUAACAAGAUAGCGAUAUGUUUGUCCAAUACAUCCAUAUUAAUGAUGGGGAUGAGGGUUCAUGUGUGAGCUUUUUUGCCACUGUACACAAGUAUGAAUGUUAUACAUCAAAUUAAAAGGAAGAUAAAUUGGUGCCUACCUACCUUCCUCACACCUCUUCUGCGUGGGGUCUGCUAGGCUAAUGUGUAAAUGGAUUUUAGAUGGAAGCUGCUGUAACACAAGUGAUGUGCUAAUUAAAACGAGCUCAGUAAGGUGAAGCCCUGUGAUUCAGGUCAUUAAAAACAAGUUACACCGACAUCUCUGGCAAUGCCCUGGAAAAAAUACAAUCCAAUGCUCUACGCUCAAUGUUCUCAUAGAUGUAAGCCAAAAGCUAUGCUUCAGUCAUGUUUAUCUCUUGCCUAUCUCCUAAGGUGUCAUAUGCACGUCCCAGCUCAGCCUCCAUCCGAGACGCUAACCUGUAUGUGAGUGGUCUGCCAAAGACCAUGACCCAGAAGGACCUGGAGCAGCUCUUCUCCCAGUAUGGACGCAUCAUCACCUCUCGCAUCCUGGUGGACCAGGUCACAGGUAUCCAUGGGGAGCCUUUUCAUUUAUAUAGAUACAAACUUACACACUCACACACUCACACACACACACACACUCUAACCCUCUAGCCAGCACAGCACACAUGCAUUGGCCUAAACAUGAUAACACACACACGUGUACACACAUACAUAAACAUACAGACGUAUGUUCAUCUGAGUCUUCUACACCCUACUCACAUCCCGAGCACAGGCACACAAAGACAUUAAACCAUGAUGCCAAAACAUGCAGCAUGACUUCCAUUGCACAGCUCUUAGAUCCAUUUCAGAGGUUUUGUCUGCCUGCGGCAGGCUUGAGUGUGAUGUGUACUGAUGAAGCAGAAUGAGUACAGCACAUUGUAAGCCACACUCAUUUGCCUAAGCAGAAUAAAUCAGCCCUGACACUGGGGCCCUCUACACACACAACAGAGCAGGAUCAAGUUUAGAGCAGGUCUGUUUAUUUGCAGCGAUGCUUCCACAAGACCUGUUCCACACAGCCCUCGGGAUCACAAACAGCACAAAAAGUAAAGGCUGUGGAAAACACAUCUGUUCAUAUAACUACAGUACUAGCCAGCUAGAUAUUCCCAUUAACCUAGUCUCAUACCACUGUCAUAAAUAA